CCUAAGCUUCCCAACACUCCCAUCCAUCACACCUCAAACCCAUUUCCUUGAUAUCUUAGUUAUCUAAUUACCUCAAUUAAUCCCUUAAUUGCAAGCAUCAUGGCUGAGGAGAAGCACCACCACCACUUUCACCACCACAAGGGCGAUGAUGUGCCUGGCGAGGUUGAUUAUAAGAAGGAGGAGAAGCACCACAAGCAUCUUGAGCACCUUGGGGAACUUGGUGCUGCGGCUGCCGGUGCUUAUGCCUUGCAUGAGAAGCAUGAGGCCAAGAAAGACCCAGAGCAUGCUCACAGGCACAAGGUAGAAGAGGAGAUUGCGGCGGCAGCUACUGUUGGUGCUGGUGGUUUUGUCUUGCAUGAACACCAUGAGAAAAAGGAAGUUAAGAAAGAAGAUGAGGAAGCUCAUGGAAAGAAGCACCACCAUCUGUUUGGCUGAACAUGAUAAAUAUUCAUAUAUAAUUAAUAUUCAAGCUCCUAAGUAUCACCAUGCCUGUGUAUCUCUAUCAUAUCUUCCAUUUCUAGUGUGCCUUUGAAUAAAUUCUGUGCGAGCUUGAAGAGUGUUUAAUUAAUUAUGCCUAUGGUGUUACUUCAUAUAUAUAUUUGCGUAUAUAUAAUGUAUGCUAUGUUGGCUAUAUUGAUAAUAAGAUUGUAAAGUAAUUUGAGAUUGUAUUAUUAUCCUGAUCAUUUUAUGCAAGGUGUAUGUGUUAAGAGUA